CGCGGUCACACUCUGCUCCGCUCUACAUCGCCUGGUCACACUGUCCAGCAUUGUUGCCUUUUUUAUUCUAUUCCCGGACAUUUUCGCUGUUUUAGCGAUCGCCGCCGAUUUGUUUGGUUGAUUGAGGUCACAGGUCACAGGCUACGCCAACCGACACGGGCUCCAGCCAUUCGACAGCCGCGCUGCAGCAGAGGUCAACCUCUGUUGUUGUUGUUGUUGUUUUCGCCAGCUGCUACAUCCCCUGCGUGUGUGUGCGUGUAAAGCACAAAGAACGGGCUAAUCCAGCGAAGGAGCAAGAGCAAGCGCCGCCAGCAGCAACAUGGAUGUGGAGGAGAACUACGAGAGCUCAACAGAAGUGCAGAAUCAAAACCUAAACCUGAACCUAAAUCAAAAUCAGAAUGCAAAUGCGCAUACGAAUGCCAAUGCCGAUCCGCAGCAGCAACAACAAAUGCAAUGCGAGCCCCUGUUCGGACUAACAACCAACACAACAACAACCACGAACCCCAUGAUGGCCAUCCCGCUGCCAGCGCCGCCCGGCAUGCUGCCCCAUCCGCAGCCGAAUCCGAAUCCAAAUUCCCAUCAGAAUCCCACAGCCACAACAGCCGCAUCGGCGCCCGCAGCACCAAUCAAAGCAUUACCGACAAACGACUUUGAUAUCGACUCCAUAUUGCUGCAACAGUUCAGCUGCAUGGGCACCACGGAUCACGAGGAUCUGAUCAGCCAGUUCCAGAGUCUGAUGAACAAUCAGAUGAACCGUGAAUCGGCCAGAUUCUACCUGGAGAUGAGCAACUGGAGCCUACAGAUGGCCGUGGGCUGUUAUCUGGACUUCUGCAGCCUGCAGUCGCUGCCCUCGAUGAAGAUCGUGCAGGGCAAACAUUUGAAUGCCCAGCAGCAGGCCUUCCAACUGCAGAAUGACGGCACCGAGCGUUGGCCAAACAACUGCUAUCUCACCUCACCCAUCCAGACGCAGCGCAUCAAUGUGCCCGCCCUACGUCCGGGCGAAACUUGUGAUAUCCUGGCCGAUCUGAUGCCGACGCAGCCUCCAAUAAUGUGGCGAUUGUGCACACCAAAUGGCUGGUACUUUGGCGAUGCCAUUUGGAUGAUUCCGCCGGGAACGCAAGCUAGCCAGGACGAACUACAGCAGCGGAUGGUUCAGCUAAUUACAUCGGAGGCCAAGCCAGAUGUCUAUCCGCAGAUCAACAUCGUGAUAUCGGCCCACACACAAUAAUUACUGCGAGCAGCACAGCCAGCGUCCAGAAUCCGGGAUUCGGAGUCUGAAACCAUUAUUAUUCUCCCUCCACAGAUCUGGCAAAAUUAUUCCGUUUUCCACAGAAACCUUAUAAUGCGGGGUGUGUGUUCAGUUCCCAAAAACUCAUCGAUAGCAUUUUUCAUGCCCUGCGAAUUCUAACAUUUACGAUUAGACUUUAUAGCCCCACGUUUCCCCUCUUUUAUUUCCAAACUCUGGACAUAUAGUAUCAACACUUUUUUUACACACACUUGACGCCAUACACAGCAAUUGGAGUUUGUAUGUAUGUAUGUAGCCCCGUCCGGGAAAACUGCCCAUAAAUCCUUAUAUAUGUAUGUUUAAAGCUAAGUUCAGAAACACACUUAAUUUUGCACUGGUUUUCAGAGCUUAAAGGUCCAAAAGUAUGCUACAAAUGGUAUAACAGUUUAAGGAAGAUCAUUUAAGUCGAAAUUCUAUUGAUUUCUGAUCUAUAUAGAUGUGCAACAAUUUUAAAUCCCACAUUGUUUUUUUGUUUUUUUUAUAUAUACAUAUAUACUAUACAAUUUUAUUAUGAAAAACAAUAGGAAACUUGAUUUGUGCAAAAUUUACACUGUGUGUUUUGAACUUGGCUAACAUCUAAAUUUUGAGUUUAAAAGUGAAAUCUUUUAAUUUCCCUUCUAGCUGUACUUGGUGUCAGAAUGAUCAACUUUAAAUAUAACAAUUGAGAAGUAAAGCAUAAGUGAAAAAGUGAGCGUGAAAUGCGAGAAUCGUGUGGCAUCCUUAAGUUCUUUGUUUUUUUUUUACUAGGCAGUAUAGUUGCGUGUGUGCGAUUGUUUUAUGCAUAAUUAAUUAAUUUUUUCUAUAAUUUAAACUCCUAUAUAUUUUGAGUAAAACCGAGAAAAUGAAUAAGCGGAAGGACUUUGUAACAAAAUUAGACUUAAGUGUUUUAUUGAGCUGAACAAGACAGAUGAAGAACGAA